UCAGGUCUCAGUUGCAGGGCAGAACUCGCGUUCCCCCUGCUGCGAGGCAGUGGGGAAGGCCUCGCGCACAGACGAGACCCCCGUUUGCCUCCUGGGUCCUUCCCGCUUGCAGCGAGCCAGGCGGAGAGGCCGAGGCUGGCUGGGGACCGGCUCCUGGCCUUUUCUGAAGCUCGGAGACGUCCGCGGGGAUGGCUCGGGUCACGCGGCCUGUCACGGUGUACUAUAACAUGUCUAAUGGUUAUGAAGAUCACAUGGCUGAAGAUUGCAGGGAUGAUAUUGGUAGAACAAAUCUAAUUGUCAACUACCUCCCUCAGAACAUGACGCAGGAUGAGCUGCGGAGUCUGUUUAGCAGUAUUGGCGAAGUUGAGUCUGCAAAACUCAUCCGGGACAAAGUUGCAGGACACAGCUUAGGCUAUGGCUUUGUGAACUAUGUCACUGCAAAGGAUGCUGAGAGAGCAAUAAACACACUGAAUGGCCUCAGACUGCAGUCAAAAACUAUCAAGGUUUCCUAUGCUCGCCCAAGCUCUGAAGUUAUCAAGGAUGCUAAUUUAUAUAUCAGUGGCCUGCCAAGGUCCAUGACACAGAAGGAUGUAGAAGAUAUGUUCUCACGCUUUGGACGCAUCAUCAACUCGCGUGUACUUGUGGAUCAAACCACAGGUUUGUCCAGAGGGGUCGCAUUUAUCCGGUUUGACAAAAGGUCAGAAGCAGAAGAGGCAAUUACAAAUUUCAAUGGUCACAAACCCCCAGGUUCCUCCGAACCCAUUACAGUGAAGUUUGCAGCCAAUCCUAACCAGAACAAAAAUGUGGCCCUGCUGUCCCAGCUGUGUCACUCACCAGCUAGACGGUUCGGAGGGCCGGUGCACCACCAGGCGCAGAGAUUCAGGUCAGCAGAGAAUCAGGAACUGCCACCGCCAUGUUCUUGGCAGAGAGCAGCACGUGUACCACCUUUAAGUGGUUUGCAUAUCACCAGUGGUACACCACAGUUUGGGAACCCCUGGUUCUCUCCUAUGGGUGUAGAUCACAUGAGUGGGCUUUCUGGUGUAAAUGUUCCAGGAAACGCAUCUUCUGGCUGGUGUAUCUUCAUCUACAACCUUGGGCAAGAUGCUGAUGAGGGAAUCCUCUGGCAGAUGUUUGGCCCCUUUGGUGCGGUUACCAAUGUGAAAGUUAUUCGAGAUUUCAACACCAACAAGUGCAAAGGUUUUGGUUUUGUGACCAUGACAAACUAUGAAGAAGCUGCAAUGGCCAUAGCAAGUCUUAAUGGCUACCGCCUGGGGGACAAAAUCUUACAGGUUUCCUUCAAAACCAACAAGUCCCACAAAUAACUUGCUCGUGCUUUCCUAUUUUUGGUUUUGGUUUUGGUUUCUUUUUUUUUGUAUGGAAUAGCUAAAAAAUGGAGUGACAGAAGUUGAACCAUUUUUGUUUAGUGUAAAACUCAUCCUGCGCCAAGUUUCACAAGUGUUUGUCUUUAGUCUAAAUGAGAAGUGGAAAAGGUUUUAUAUUCUGGGAUGCAACUGACAUGUUCAAAUGUUUUGGAAAUCCCACAAUGUUAGACCAAUUUUUAAGUUCCUUUUUAAGUUAUUUCAUUUCAAACUUGUUCAAAAAAGCAAACAAACCCCCAACCCCCCCUCCCCCUCCCGAAAUCUCCAUUAGAUUGCAUUGACUACAGCCUCUGGAUGGUGGUAAAACUGAAGCAUGCUUUCACUUAUGAGACUAACAUUUGUUCCAUGGAAUAUUGGCUGCAAAAACUGGAAUUUUCUGACAAGUAUCAGGCUGAAUUGGUUCAUUUUUUCUUGUUUUGUUUAUUUUGAGGUUGAUGUUUUUCCUUCCCACCCCCCCCCUUUCCCCUGCCACUCUAACCCCCCAGCCUCAGUAGUACGGAAGCAAAGUUGAGCAAUGCAAAUGUUUAGUUGCCAGUCAACUGUUUGAGUUAAUUUGCAUCACUACACACAGAGCUGAGGAGCAGGCUCUGGAAAGCUAAGGGUCUUGUAAGUAGCAGCAUGCCAGCAGAGCUUUUAACACCAUUGAGGAGGAGGUAAGUUGCACAGGGAGCAGUGGCCAAGCUCUCCCAAUUGGCAGGUUUUAGAAGCGCAACUUUUUAAAGCCCACUUUGAUAGGAACGGACCAAAGAGUUUCAGAGAAACUCCAGGAAGAUUUCAGAGUCAAACCCAAAAACUCCCAAAAUUUACCUCCCCUCCCCCCCCCCCCCCCCGAAAGUGUGGAUUGCAGUUGCCACUUUCUCCACCUGAGAAUCUCUUCUGUCCGUAUUUAAUGCAUGGUGCACUACUUACUGGUACAUUGUAACGCAGCAAGAUGUGGAGCUGAUCCUUAUGGUUGGAAUCCCUUUGAGGAGCUCUGUUCUGUAAAGACUAAACCCUCCCAGUCUGUAAACAUUUGAGCAUUGUGUUUCUCGCAUCCCUUCUAAUGAGUGCUAGACUUACUCUUUCUCCUAUUUUAGUAGGGUUUUGUUUUGACAACUUAGCUUUUAUUUCUUGAACACUCAGCAGAAAAGUACUUACUACAUGCAAGUUAGAUAUUAACAACAACAACAAACCCAACCCUGUGAUUUGUAGAUGGAAAGAUGAAUCCCCCCUGAGUUUUCUGCAGACUGCCUUGAAACUUUGAGUUGUUCUGUUUCUGUUAAUUUUCUUUUGCUUUUUUGUGUUUUUUGUUUGUUUUUACUUUUGCAUUUAAGAACAUUAAAUUUGAUUUUGUUUUGCUCAAA